CUACUUGUUCUGUCCUUCUAGGCUGAACCGGGUUACCCUAACAAUUGUCGCCUCCAAUUUCCCUGUAACAGAAUUAACUCACACCAAUCUCCAUGGCUCUUUCUUUCUUCUUCUUCUUCUUCUUCUUCUUCCUUCCUCUCCUUUCCGUCCCUUCCUCAUACUCAUUAUCAUCCCACCCUCCUGAAAACUUCAUCAUCCACGUCUCAAAAUCACACAAGCCUGCCCUUUUCUCCUCUCACCAUCACUGGUACUCUUCCAUCCUCCAUUCUCUCCCUCCUUCCCCUCACCCCAUCCAGCCCCUCUACACCUAUGAACUCGUCAUCAAUGGAUUUUCCGCUCGUCUCACGGAUGAUCAGGCAGAUAAGCUUAGGGGACUUCCCGGAAUCCUUUCUGUGGUUCCCGACCAGGUUCGUCAGAUUCACACUACUCAUACCCCGCAAUUUUUAGGCCUUUCCGAAGGUGUUGGCCUUUGGCAAAACUCUUAUUACGGCGAUGGUGUUAUAAUCGGAGUUUUGGAUACCGGAAUAUGGCCGGAACGCCCCAGUUUUUCCGAUUAUGGGCUGUCCCCUGUUCCCGAUACCUGGAAAGGUAUAUGUGAAACGGGACCUGAUUUUCCUGCUUCAUCCUGUAACCGGAAAAUAAUUGGUGCAAGAGCCUUUCUCAAAGGCUACGAGUCUUAUCUUGGACGUCCAGUGGAUGAAACAAAAGAAUCCAAGUCUCCACGGGAUACUGAAGGCCACGGCACGCAUACUGCUUCAACUGCUGCUGGAUCUGUGGUCUCUAACAUCAGCCUUUUCGGAUUCGCACGCGGGGAGGCUCGUGGUAUGGCUGCAAAAGCUAGGAUUGCUGCUUAUAAGAUUUGUUGGAGCUUGGGUUGUUUCGAUUCCGAUAUACUCGCGGCAAUGGACCAAGCAACUGCGGACGGAGUCGAUGUGAUUUCUUUAUCCGUGGGAGCCAGUGGAUAUGCCCCUCAAUAUGACCAUGAUUCCAUAGCAAUCGGGUCUUUUGGUGCUGCGAGUCAUGGUAUUGUUGUUUCAUGUUCUGCUGGGAAUUCCGGUCCUGGUCCGUACACUGCUGCUAACAUUGCGCCUUGGAUUCUAACGGUUGGUGCUUCCACGAUCGACCGGGAGUUUCCAGCCGAUGUGGUUCUCGGUGAUGGCAGGACUUUUGGCGGGGUUUCACUGUACUCUGGCCCCCCUUUACCUGAUUACAAGCUUCGUUUGGUUUAUGCUGGUGAUGUUGGAAACAGGUAUUGUUAUAUGGGGAGUAUAAGUCCAUCGAAGGUUCAAGGCAAAAUCGUUGUUUGUGACAGGGGAGGGAAUGCUAGAGUUGAAAAAGGAGCUGCAGUGAAGUAUGCUGGUGCGCUAGGAAUGAUACUGGCAAACACUGCUGAGAGUGGUGAAGAACUCCUAGCUGAUGCUCAUCUCAUUGCCGCCACCGAAGUUGGCCAGAUAGCUGGUGAUAAGAUCCGGGAGUACGUCAAAAGGAGUCAGUUUCCAACGGCUACAAUUUUGUUCCGUGGAACGGUGAUUGGCCCUUCACCACCAGCUCCAAAGGUUGCCGCGUUUUCAAGCCGUGGUCCGAACCAUUUGACACCGGAGAUUCUCAAACCAGAUGUCAUUGCUCCGGGAGUUAAUAUCUUGGCUGGAUGGACUGGUUUAGCUGCACCAACGGAUUUGGACAUCGAUCCAAGAAGAGUUGAUUUUAACAUAAUUUCAGGUACUUCAAUGUCAUGUCCUCAUGUUAGUGGACUGGCUGCUCUGCUUAAAAAGGCAUACCCCAAUUGGUCACCCGCUGCCAUUAAAUCCGCCUUGAUGACAACCGCUAACACUUUAGAUAACUCGGGAAGUACCAUUAAGGAUCUUGCAACCGGGGAAGAAUCAUCACCUUUUGUUCAUGGAGCCGGCCAUGUCAAUCCCAACCGAGCUCUUGACCCUGGAUUGGUAUAUGAUAUCGAGGAUAACGAAUACGUUGCAUUCCUUUGCUCCAUUGGUUAUGACUUGAACCGGAUUGCAGUUUUUGUCAGGGGUCCUACUGGAACAGAUAUGUGCGAAGGGAAAUUGGCUACUCCGGGCGACCUCAAUUACCCAUCAUUCUCUGUUGUUUUUGAUUCUAAUAAUCACCUAGUUAAAUAUAAGAGGAUGGUGAAGAACGUCGGAACUUCAUCUGAUGCAAUUUAUGAAGCUAAAGUGAAUGCUCCGCCAGGUGUUGAAAUCAGUGUUUCGCCUAGUAAGCUCAAAUUCAGCGAUGAAAACCAAAAGCUGAGCUACGAGGUCACAUUUGCAAGCAAUGGCUUGUCCUUGUCUGCUGUUGGUUCAGCAUCCGGAUCGAUUGAGUGGUUCGACGGAGUUCAUCGUGUGAGGAGUCCAGUAGCUGUUAGGUGUGUUGAGGGACUGAAGGAUUCCAUUUGAUUUGCAGACCGUGAGAUGCUGUAAAUAAAGUAGGAAGGACCCAACAUCACCCAUAGCUAAUCGAUGGGGCGUAUGCAUCUUUUUUUUAUCAUUAUGUAUUUGUAUCAUCAUAAAUCAAUGCGUGUUUCUGUUGAUAAAAUAUCCAAGGACCAAUUUGAAAUGAAAAUCGGAGCUAGAUCAUUGCCAGA